UAGAAGGUAUAUUGGGCCAAUAUAACUGGAUGUGUGGCGUUAUCGAAAGAGGCUCUAGCCGUUUUCGCGGCAUCAGGUCUACGGUCUACCCGCGCGCUCCCUAAAAAAAGGUCUACCCGCGCGCAGCUGCGACUGAGAUUUCACUCAUCAAAAAAGAAAAAGAAGAACUGCGACCGAGAUGGCGGCGGCGGCGGCCAUGGCGACAGCGGCGGCAGCGCCGGAGUGGGCCACCAAAGAGCCUUGCCUCAUGGGCAUCGACGAGGCUGGACGCGGCCCUGUUCUUGGUCCCAUGGUGUAUGGCUGCAUGUACUGCGCGCGUUCCUACCAUGACACUCUUGCCACUCUCAGUUUUGCAGAUUCGAAGACCUUGAAGGAGGAGCAAAGGGAGGAGCUGUUUGAAAGUCUCAAGAUGAAUAGCUCCAUUGGGUGGGAGGUUGAUGUCAUAUGCUCAAAAGUGUUAUCUGCCAAAAUGUUAAAAAGGACAAAAGUUAAUCUGAAUGAAAUAUCCCACAACUCUGCAAUAGGCCUUGUUAGAAAAGCUAUUGAUAAUGGAGUUUUACUGACAGAGGUCUAUAUCGACACAGUUGGAGAUCCUGAGAAGUACAGGGUCAAACUUACGGAAAAGUUUCCAGGCAUCAAAUUUGUGGUUGCCAAGAAAGCUGAUAGUCUCUACCCUGUUGUUAGUGGAGCAAGUAUAGUUGCAAAGGUCACUAGGGAUAGAGCCUUACGAAACUGGGUAUUUGAUGAAACAGCUCAGAAUAUGCAUAUGAACACUGGAUCAGGUUAUCCAGGAGAUCCUAAUACUAUACAAUGGUUAAAAGAUCAUAAGCAUCCAGUAUUUGGUUUCCCAACUUUGGUGCGUUUUAGCUGGGGAACUUGCACACCAUACUUCAAGAAUGGAGUUGAAGUCACAUGGGAGUCUGACGAAGUUGAUGAAGAUGCAGCUGGCUACGGAAGCGCCAAGCGACAGGUCACGUUGUCGAGCUUAGGCUUCACAGGGUUCAAAAGGAAGUCGGAGGAGAUCGAAUCGAGUGGAAAAGGCCGCUGUAAGUUCUUCCAGGCUCGCAAACUCGAGCUUGUCAGAAAGUUCCAGUGACACGCACUAGGCGAGGGAGGACGCAAAAGUGGAGUUGCAACGGGGCGCAAAGCUUCUGGAUCGAGUCGCCAGUGGUCUUUUCCAAUCAAGACGAGGAUGGGCGACCUGGGUGCCAAGACUGAAGGAUGGUUGAAAUCAAAGUUUAGAUAGUUCGCUCUUCUUGCUGCCUGAGAGUUUUGUUUUGAUUCCUUUGAUGUAAUAAGAUAGUUCGGGAUUUUCUGGUGGUUUCCCCUUCCCUCUACUUACUGUUAGUAGGCAGGGAGUGAUGGGAGGGGGUAGGUUACGUGCUGGUGCAGACUUUCUUAGCAGGCGUUAAGGGUGACCGGUGGUGUUGCGUUUUGGUUGUAUCGAACUUACUUGGUUUCUUUAAUGAAAUCGGGGGAAAAUCCCUUUCUUUCAAAAAAAAUGUAAAGUGAAAUUCCUCCAUCA